GCCCUGGCCCAGCUUAACCUCGGCUCUGUCUCUCCCGUUCGUUCAUCUCCCCGUCGCUGUGCAAGCUAACUUAUACCCUUUGUAUGUCCCUUCUGCAGUAUGGAGGCGCAGACGAAAGCCAAGGUCACCGCGAGAGUGGACUACGAUAGAACACGACCUCCCUCCCCCUUCAAACCUCACACCCCGACGCUGUCGCUCAACACAGUCAUCAAGCCCAAGGCGAAGGUCAACAGUAGUGCGACCGUCGCAAACCGCAAGGUUCAAGCACCCCGAGUUGCAUCCCCCGCGCCGUCAGUGCGAAGCCCGCCUUCGGCGCGGGCGCCCUCUCCGUUCAAGCCGACGCACUCCGGUCUUCUACAAUCCACGUCGACGACCGCCGUCUCGAGUGUGAAGGCACGGCUCACUGCGCGUCCGGCCUCGCAACACUCGCCCACGACCCCGGAGUCGCGACAGCGUUCGCUGACGACCGUCCCUUCAGAUUCGGCUCUCUCUGCCCGCGGCUUCGGUGCGCGACCGCGCAGGGGCAGCGUAUCCUCUCAUGCCUCCUUGACCGUCUCCCCUACGCACGCCGAACACCGAACCCAGUCCACGAGGUCUCUAGCGUCGCCAUCACAGGAGAAUGGGUCGCCGCUACCAUCUGCGACUAAGGGUAUAGCACGCGUGAAGUCCAAGGUGUCGAACCUUGCUGGCGGCAGCCCGCAUACAUCACCUCCCGUCUCUUCCUUCCCGACGGGUCACGCUCGUGGGCUAUCUAUUCCCACUAUCUCCUUGGCGGCUCCGCUGCUGCCUGCUGAUGUUAAUUCGUCACCGAUCUUGUCCUCGGCGCAUCCACCGUCGUUUUCAAGGGGAGAUAGUCCAACACACGGCCAUGUAUAUCAACCGCUUGCUCCGUUUGACGAUGUGGUCGCGAAAUAUAGCAACUACUCGGUAACCGCGAAGGUGGACCCGGCUGCGAUACCGCUCCCACCACAGUCACCGCCGAUGUCCACCAUCUCGUUCUCCUCGCGAUCUUCCGCAUCACGUUCAUCGGUUUCGUAUGACAGGACAGAUGCUAGUCAUAGCACGGCCCCUACAGUGCAUUCCCGAAUCAAUGGGCAUAGCAAGCACGCGAGAGCUAGUAUGGAUGGAUUGGAUGUGCACUCAGAUGUACUGACGCCCAGCGAGGACGAAAGCUGGGACGAAGAUGAGGAUAGCACCGCGUUGCGCGCACCGCUGCGCGAGGACCCAGACAGGAAGUUGAAGGACGAGGCCAAGUCAAACCGUAAGAUUGCCGACUUGGAGAUUACGAACAAGUCUCUCCUUGCUAUCAACGUGACGUUGGAGGCGGAGAAGCAUAAGCAAGCCAAGGAGAUUCGAGAGCUGAAGCGGAAGCUGCGGGAGUCGCGGCUCAUAUUGCCACCUCCCGCUUACCGUGCGGUGAAAUCGUCACUGCCUCAUGAUGAUACCGCGGAGGAGGAAGAGGAGGAAGAAGGCGAGGACGAGGAAGAGGAGCAGAAGAUUAUCGAGGGCAAGGAUGACGAGCCAUACCGUCGUGUCAAGGUCAUGCUGGAGACCUUGCUUGACUCUUGUCAACGGGCGCUGCAAACGAAGCCGGAGGACUUCGUUGAGAAGACGCGAGGAGGCGCGAAGGUCCUCACGGCGGAGGAAGUUCGGUCAUGGCGUGGAGACGAAACACUGGAUGACAUCGACCCAGAUACGUCUCUGACCGAGGAGCGAGAAGACGAGGAAUCUACUCAGAUGGAUAUGAGCGGGGACGGCGCUUUCGCUCUGCUCAACGCCAUGCGGCACGGUGCCGAGACCAGGCUGGAUAGCGAAGAGGCGGUGGAAGCGUCCCUGGUCGUCUCCGAGGACGGCGACUCCUCGACGGUGCCACCUAUCACGGUGACGCCGUCUCAAUGAUACAUGCUCCCUUCGCUAUCGCUGGCGUUGAACGCCGUCACAACCCAUUCCGUAUGCCCUUAUUGUACUUAUGGAGCUAUACCCGUACACAUGCACACUGCACCUGCCCAUGUCUGGAACUCGUACGUCGCACGCAUUCUAUCAUUGUUUUACUGAUACUUCACACCCUCAUUUCGUCGCAUCCUCGUUCAUAGUCGCAUAGGUUACGCUCAUACCUCCUGUACGGUAUAUAACACUAAAGAAUAGAAGUCUCAGUCCAUGGUCAA